AUAAAUGUAAAAACGUUCAGAAAAUUUUUCCAUGAAAUAGAUCUAAUUGUUUCGUUCAAAUUAAUAAUUACGUAUAACCCAUACAUAUUUAUUCCGUAAGAAAAAAAUUUAAAUGAUGGUUACAUAAUAUAGGAGUACGUGUUUCGCAUACGUUUAUGAGUAGUAAACUAAACAGAAAUUAGUUCAUAACAUAAUAUCUAAAGUUUCAUAUUUAAGCGUAUGUUAGGAAAAUAUUUAGUUUUGAACAAACUAUCACGUUGGCAACAAAGAAUGCAAGAUUAAGUUACAUCAAACUCUACAUGAGAGGAAGGAAGAGGAUCAGCUUUAUUUAAAACUUGUUUGAUUAGCAAUAUGCUUUCUACCUACGGAACAAAAACCUAUUUCGAGGUCUCUCUUCUUGUUUAAAUGUCUAUCUUGCAAUGCACGGGUCUUUUUAAAAAGCUAACUACGUGUCAUUUGAAUGUGACCUAGAUUUCUUUUUACAUCAAUUGUGUAUAUUUUCUUGUUUUCGUUUUCGUUUUCUUUCAUAAUAUAUGGACAGUGAAUUGCUAUACCAGCGACCAGCGAUUGUAUCAAGAAAAUUAUGAAAUUACUAGUAUUCCCUGCUCUUCUCCUUUGGAUUUGUUCGUUGGCAUUGAAACAAUCGGACGGACCUUUACAAUGUGUGAUCAUCCAAGAAAAAGAGGGGUUAACAGUACUGUUAAAUCGUCCGUCGUUUUUGACCUCCAACAUCAAAACACAAUGUCAAGUCCAUUUGCCAGGACAAGGGAUGCUGAGAUGUGGGGCGUCAAACGUGUACAUAAAACCUGAGUGUGUCUGUUCUUUCUACAACGUGUACGAGGCAAAAUACCACACUUACUCCUCUUGUCCAGACGGCGAGAAAUCAGAUGAUGUCACAAAAUUAAAAUGUCCAGAUUGCUUGAUGUAUAGCUUGAAUAAAAAUGGACCUUGUAUCAAUGGAGGUAUUCUAACAUGUAAAGGGAACGAAGUGGCCUCUAAUAUUAAUUGUCGGUGUCCACCGAACUACAAAGGGAUGUUUUGUGAGGAAAAAUUGGAAAAUGUAACGAGAAUAUGUGAUAGAACUUCAAUCUCAUCAUCAAAUAACCUGGCAAAUUGUGACUUGACUAGAAAGGUCUGUGUUACAUUCAGUAAGAAUCGACGGUAUGCUUACAAAUGUCAAGAGACUAAUACAUUCCAGGAAAGAAGAGGAUUACCGUUGUGCGUUAACACAGAAGAUACCACACAAUUACCUGUUAGAGACCCAAUUUACCUGACAACGAUGAUUUCCACUGAGCCGGAUCAUAAUUUAACUUCUUCUGCAGGAAUACGUAUGCCCAUGUAUGUUUUAACAUGUAUUUCACUAACGUUACAAUUGUGAGAAUUAAAUUAAUAUUAAAUUAAGGAAGGAGUCUUCUCAUUAUCAAACAUACUUCUUAUAAUAAGAAAUUCAUGAAAUUUUUACACAGUCAAAUGAAUCAUAUUACCAAAUGAUUAUAUCAGUUUAAUCAAAUUUGACCUUUUUGUUUUUGCAUAAAGGUCAGGUCAAGGUCACUACCUUUUCCCUCAACGUAAAGGAUGAUAAAAAUAAGUGUAGACCUUUGUAGUUCUGUAAACAUAUUUUUAAGAUUUGAAGAUUUUAAUCUUCAAUGAAAUCGUAGACUAUCAGAGUGUCUAUCAGCUUAUACUACUUUAUUGGAAUAAAUAUUUAUAAUAAAAAUUGAUAUUGCUUAGCCCGCAUUUCCUCAAAUUUUCUUAAAUUUUGAAGAAAUUUUGAUUUUUUUUAUGCUCCCAAUAAUAAAAUAUUUCUGAUUUUUAUGUAUUAUGAAGACUUUUUAUAAAGAUAUAAACUUACAGAAAAUUUAAUAUAUUGACCGUUUUAUAAGAGAGAAAAACUUAUUUUAGUGAUUUUUUCACAAAAAUCAAUGUAUCGAAUGGGCACUUUAAAAAGCUUAUAAAAAUGUAAUUUGAUAGACAAAUCAUAUUUUAAAAACAUAUUCUGAACACCAAGUAUCAUAUAAUUAGUUAACAUUAGUAAAAAAAUCCAACAUUAAUGUUAUUGUUUUUAAAAUGCGAAAACAGACUCAUUAAUCUGCAGCAAUUCUGAAUUGCGAAACAGGUGAUAUUUUCCUACGCCAAUAUUACGCCAAAAAUAUAGUCCUUGCUAGAUUCUAAACACUGAUUGCCUUUUUCUAUUCCAAGUUGAUUGAUAGUAAAAAAGAAAGAAAAAUAUACUAUUUUAAUUUCCUUUCAUCUUUAUAAAUGAACAAUUGAUCAAAUUUACGCUUGACAAGUCGAAAACCAGAAAAGACUCCUUCCUUAAAGUGUAUUAUAAUCAUCCAAUGUAUUAUGUGCAAAUGAAAAAAUGACAAUAGCAAAUCGUCAACCGUCAAACUAAUAAAAGUCAUCCAUGAUUUUGUUAGUGAAGAAGCAGAAAUAUUCGUCGAGAAUUUAAUUUCGUUAUUUUCAUAGGCAGUAAAAAUCAACAAAUUAAAUUCAUGACAAAUUUUUAACCAAAUUAUUAAUGAAUACAUAGAGAUUACGAUGUGACGAAAUUAAAUGCCAACGGAAUUUUAUUUGGUUCAAAAGACAACGAAAGUUUGAGCCAACAAAAAUAUUUGCUUGUACAAUAAUCAAAAAUCUUUGUACAAACUAUGAAAGUUAGCACAAUUUUCUUUUGAGAUUGUGAAUUUGAAUACUUUAGCAUGUACUAAACCACAACAUUUGGAAUUAUUUGAUUUGUAUUUGUAGAUAUCUUUGACGUAGAAUUUUCUCCAAAACCUCUUAGUUUUAGUGAAAACCAAAAAUAAUGUAGAAAGAAAUGUGUAAGAUGAAAAUGUCAAAGGGAAGAGAAUUGUAAAAUUAUCAUUAAAUCAAUUCAAUUUGAGAAUUUUCAAAACUUUUUAUCCAAAUGUACUUUUGUAAAAGCAUUCUUGAAGGAAAUAUAGAGAUCAGUACGUAUACAUAUUUUGAGAUAAAAAGUAGGUCAUUUUCAAAAUAGAUCGUACUUGUAUACAUUAUUGAAAAGUAAGCUGUCAUUUGCAUUAAGUCCAUGUGCAUUUUUACUUGUCUGUAUUGUAAUAUUGUGUUCAGUCCGAAAAGGUUUAUGAAAAGACUUAAUGAGUAAAAGAUUUUGCUUUUUUUUUUACCUUUUCCUUUUUUAAGAAGGUGCUACAAGAAGUGUACAAGAAAUUAAAUUUUUAAUUCUUCUGUAUGUUGUGAACUAUUCUUAUCAAUAAAAUUACAGUUUUGCGUCUUUGUACAAAACAGAUCCACUGUGAAACUGAUAAAAUUAGCAAGUGAUUUAAUGGCUUUGUAAAUGUUUAUGGUUGCAUUUAAUGACGUUUUCUAUUCAGUUGGUUCAAAAUAUAUUCAUUUCAGUUUAUUGUUUUAGGUAUACUAAUAAAAAUGCAUAAUGCUCGAAAAAGUGUGAAGCUCUGUUUCUAUUAUCAACAAUAUCAGAUUCUUAGCAAUCUAAAGGAUCAAAAAAAUAUUUGUAUAUAUCAUUGGCCUAUGCUUUUAUAUAAAACUAAUUGAUAAUGCGAGCAAUCAAAAAAAUGUCCUUUUGUAAAAAUAAAGUAUUGAUGAAUUCAG